AUGUUGGCGACAGAGACUGGCGACAUUCCUCCACGGUCUCUGCUGUUGGCCGAACGUAUCAAAGGUCGACUGACUGAGUGGUUGUCCUACAUGAUUAUCUUCUUUCUUCAACGCCUUCCCAGUCGCCCACACAUCGAUCUUUUUGAUAACGUCAGAUGCCGACAGAUUGUUUGGAAAUGUUUGAGCUGCAAUGCAUUAAAGAUGCCUCCAGAAGACGACCUGCAAAUGGUCGGUGGUGGUAUAUGGCCGGCUCGACCGUUGCACCCGUUCCGAAAACGGUGUCUCGAGGUAGCAGGCGAAUAUCUGUCCGCUGAUCCUUUUGAGAUGGAUAUGGCGCCGGAGGUGUAA